AGCACUGUCGCUCCAAUGUAUUUCUGGAGAUGACGCUGGAAUCCUGAUGUGUCUAUAUGGACAAGAUAACAGGUGCCCUCCUUAUAGCACUAUAGGGAAUUUCUUCUUAUACAUGACCAGACAUAAGAGAAAGCUUCAGGCUGGAACUAUUUUUAGCUUCCUUGUUGCACGGGGACAGAGAAGAGCGGAGCACUGAAGCUGGGAGUCUGUAAACAGGGAAGCAAUGCAGUAUGAGAAGACAUCAAUAGGAAAGUCUACAUGGCGAUGAUGAUGAUGAUGAUGGUAAUGGUGAGGGCACUGUCCCCUGCCCCCCUGCCCAGCACAUAGCUCGCAGGACAGAGAAUACCCAGGGUUUGAACUUGGGAGAUUACCAAGGCUUAGCUAUGUAAUUUCCUUAACUGCAACAUCAGUAAAGAAUGGAGGCAUUGGAAGUAGAUGACAUUAGUCCAGCACUUGAGGUCACUGAAGACUUCUUCAAUUCAUUCGAUAAUCUUGAGCAUGUUGGUCAUCAGUCUGAAGUCUUUGGCAUUCAUGAAGUUCCAGAACUCUUGGGAAAUGACAUAUCUAAUAAGAUAAAGCAGAACGCUGAUGGUCAAAAUGCCAAUAACUCUCACCGUAGUAUCAUUUGGGAGAGAUGUAAAAGUAGCCUAUUCGAUGCCAAAGCAAAGAAUGGUAUCCAUGCCAAAGAACAUUUCUCUUCAAUGAAAAGAACAUUUCCGGAUACCUCUUCAUUGGCCGGAGAAGGAAAAGACACUUCCUCAUUUAAUUUUUUUACAGCUUGUCACCGUAGACGGGAUAGACCUCGCUCAGUGAAUGACACAGUAGCCCUUAAUGAAGACACUCCAAAAUUUAGACCAGGGCACAACAGAUCUCGGUCAGAUGUCACUCAUGUGGAUUGGAAUAAUGUUCGCAAGCCUGCCCCAUUGCAGCGAUCAUCAAGCCAAGGGAUUCAUUUCACCAGAGACAUUGAAGGAAAUACUGAGCAUAUGUUGCCAAAUAUACUCAAAAAGGGAUUCCUAGAAACUCGGAAAACUCAAGAAAGCUUUUGGAAAAGCUGUUAUGCUGAGAUAACUCAAUAUAAACUUCACAUUUAUAGUACAGACAGCAGUGGAAAUCAUAAUGCCAUUACUGCUUAUCCUCUUGCUCAUAUUGAAAGCAUCACAAUUACUGGAAGCCAUGAGACCAAAUUGGUUGAUGUCUUAAUGUCAGACAACAGCCAGUUGCAACUGAAGGCAGAUUCUGCAUGGGAGGCCUUGGACUGGGGACAAAAAUUAUGGGAGGGAGUACGUGCUUUGACUGUAGUUCCAGAUUACAUGAGCCCCCAGCAUGAUAUCCUAACCAGAUCUAAACCCACAAGUGACAAUAACAGUGACUAUUACGAAACUCGCAGCUUGUUAAAUACAUCUAGUGAACUUUCGAGGUCCAUUAACGUAACCAAUGGGUAUCAAAAAAACAUUUUGAAAACAGGGACUUUAUAUAGGUUAACAUUGCAAAAUAAUUGGAAAGCAUUCACAUUCAUUCUCACCAGUUCACACUUUACAGCUUAUCGACCAAGUUGUCUGGAUGAAGACCCAUUGCUUAGUUACAGCAUUGAUACAUGUGCAUCUGUGCAAAUGGAUGCUCUUGAUGGAUAUGAUUCUUGUUUCCAAGUCAUCUUUCCUCAAGAUGUUCUUCGCCUUCGAACAGAAACUCGUCAGAGGGCACAGGAAUGGAUGGACGUUCUUAUAUCUGCUGCUAAUCUCGCAAAGAAGCCAGAUCAGAAUGUACCUGUGCCUCUUAGGAACAAAUCCAAAGAACAACUAUCUUUAAGGGAGUUGCAGAAGAGCAAGCGCCAGUCUGUAACCACAAGUUUUCUUGGAAUCUUGACAACAUUGGCCUUAGAAAGGGGGCUCACGGCUCAGAGCUUCAAGUGUGCAGGUUGCCAGAGACCAAUUGGGCUUUCCAAUGAAAAGGCCAAGGUGUGCAGUUAUAGUGGGUGGUAUUAUUGUAGCUCAUGCCAUGUAGAUGAUGGUUUCAUUAUACCUGCACGUCUAGUUCACAAUUGGGACACAUCGAAACACAAGGUAUCCAAGCAGGCAAAAGAGUUCUUGGAGUAUGUGUAUGAAGAGCCAUUGAUUGAUGUGCAGCAGGAGAACCCAUUGCUGUACCGGCAUGUGGAUGCACUAGAACAAGUUGUACGUCUCAGGCAGCAGCUAAAGUCACUUCGAGCCUAUUUAUUCAGCUGUCGUGCAGUGGUUGCGGAGGAUCUGCGUAGGAGAAUUUUCCCCCGAGAAUAUCUCUUUCAGCAAAUCCACUUAUACUCCCUAGCAGAUCUGCAACAGGUAGUUGAAGGCAAGUUGGCUCCUUUUCUAACAAAAGUGAUCAAGUUUGCUACGUCACAUGUCUACAGCUGCAGCCUGUGCAGUCAGAAGGGCUUCAUCUGUGAGAUCUGUAACAAUGGAGAGAUCCUGUAUCCCUUUGAGGAGAAUUCCACUAGCAGGUGUGAAAACUGCGGAGCAGUCUUUCACAGUGACUGCAAAGUGAAAACUGUCCCAUGCCCCCGGUGUGUCCGUAAGGAAUUGCAGAAGAAGCAGAAGUCAUUUUGGAAAAGGCUGAAUGUGGAUGAAAGCUGGGAUGAGUCCUGUAGUAUGUUUGAGCUGUCUUACCAGGGCACAUGAUAACUAUGUGCAUACAGCUUCAAACCAUUGCACUCGCUUUUUCUCCCUGGUUGCUGCCGAAAUAAGCCAAUGUCUAUUAGAAAACCUAUCUGAAGUGAGUGUUGGCACCUACUAUCAUGUCAUAAAAGUCUUGAACUAACAUAUAUAUUAGCAUUGCCAUUAUACUAGUGUCAUUAGCUUACAAAUUUAUAGCACCUUAACCUAAGCAAUCCCAAUUCUACUGCAUGCACAUGCCUUAUGUAUAGAUUCUAAACGGCAGAGGGAAUUAUUUAUAAUAAGCAGGUUUAGUGACUAGUUUGUGACCACUUUUGUAAACACUGAGGCCUUUGUAGGGCUUUAUGUAGCACGUGAUAGAACAGCUCUGUGUUCCAGAUAGCGUCCUCCAAUAACAUACUCAUUUCUAUUAGGACUCAGGUUGUCUGGAUCUGUUAAUAGUUGACAUAUCCAAUGGGAUGUUGCCAUCUUAGUAUGAAAACUGAUCUAAAGUAAGUGCAAUGCCAUAAAAUGUACUCCUUGUAAUUACUCUGAUUGUCAUUGUGCUGAAGUCACCUAUAUGCUUAAAAUGACCUGGAACCUUCUUUAGGAAUGUAUUUAUUUAUUGUAAGACAGUUAUUGGCACAACUGUCUUUACUGUUGAUACUUAUAGCAGACAUGCAAAGUGUGAGCAGUCUCGCCGCUGUACAUUCCAUAUUGCUUUUCUAGCCUCUGGAUUGCCCAAUCCUGCUCCUUUCUCUCAAUGUAACAAAAGAAAAAAUAUGUCAAUAAAAAAUAAGUAAAGCUCCAUGGGUCUCAUGGUUGUUUAUUCUAAA